AUGGCUGCUCCGACUCAAUUGGCGUACCGCACCUUGAAGGGCAUCAGUGUUCUGAAUGCGGCACCAGUCUAUGAGUCUCUACCAGGUUUUGAGAGGCCCGAGGGCAACUUUCGAUGCUGCACUUACUCGCCAGAUGGCCGAUUCUUUGCAUGGGCGUCACCUGAGCAGGUUUCAGUCAUUGACGCCUCCAUCGGACACGUCGUUACCACGCUGCCCACCGAGAAUGUCUACGAACUGGGCUUUUCACCACUGGGCACAUUCAUAAUUACAUGGCAGCGUCCUACGAAAGAUGCGGAAGGCAACACAACAAAGAAUCUAAAGGUCUGGAGAACCAUCGAUGACAAUGCCGGAGCCGAAGGGGAGAGGAGCGUUGUUGGGCAAUUUGUGCAGAAAUCCCAGACCGGCUGGAAUCUGCAGUAUACCUCUGAUGAGAGUCUUUGUGCUCGGGUCGUUACGAACGAGGUGCAGUUCUACCAAAGCGCAGAUUUGGGUACGGUCUGGAACAAGCUUCGCGUGGAGGGCGUUACAGACUUUGCGGUCGCUCCAGGCAGGAGCCAUUCGGUUGCUGUUUUUGUUCCGGAGCGAAAGGGCCAACCAGCCGCAGUCAAAGUUUUCAGCGUUCCGCAGUUCGCCUCGCCCGUCUCGCAGAAGACGUUCUUCAAAGGAGACAAAGUGCAGUUCAAAUGGAACGAUAUUGGCACGACAUUGAUAGUCCUAGCCCAGACGGAAGUCGACAAGUCAAACAAGUCCUAUUAUGGCGAAACCAACAUGUACAUCCUUAGCACCAGUGGUAGUGUUGAUGCGAGGCUAUCUUUGGACAAAGAAGGCCCUGUCCAUGACGUAUCGUGGUCGCCCAACUCGAAGGAAUUCGGAGUUGUGUACGGCUAUAUGCCCGCAAAGACCACUAUCUUCAACGCUCGGGCCGUCGCAACGCACAGCUUCAAUUUGGGUCCCCGCAACACUAUUCUCUUCUCUCCGCACGGUCGCUUCGUCCUUGUUGCCGGUUUCGGCAAUCUGGCUGGCCAGAUGGACAUUUACGAUCUCGAGAAGAACUAUGAAAAGGUGACCACCAUCGAGGCGAGCAACGCCAGCGUCUGCGAAUGGAGCCCUGACGGGAAAUAUAUCCUUACUGCUACGACUAGCCCCCGGCUGCGGGUAGACAACGGCAUCAGAAUCUGGCACGUUGGCGGAGGCCUCGUGUAUAACGAGGACAUGAACGAGCUUUAUCACGUCUGUUGGCGCCCUGAGCCCCCUCUUCUCCACCCGCCCGAGGACCCGUUGCACCCUGUCCCAAUUCCGCACCCAUCCGCUCUCGAAUACCUCGCAAAGCGCAAAGCGCCCUCGAAGCCUGCGGGCGCGUACCGGCCGCCUGGCGCACGCGGUACAUCCACACCGUUGCACUUCAAGCGCGAAGACGAAGGCGGCGCCGCGUUCGUUAACGACGGCAUCUCCUCCACCAGCGGCGGCAUCAACGGCUUCGGCAAGCCGCGUAGACGCGAAGUUCCUGGCGCCGAUCCCGCCGAGCCUCCCCUGCCGCCCGGCGCGGCUCCAGGCGGGGGCGUCAGUCUCGCGGGCUACGACGCAGGCGACGGAGAGCUCUCGAAAGCAGCGCUGAAGAACAAGAAGAAGCGAGAGGCGAAGAAGGCGAAGGAAGCGGCGGACAAGGCGGCGGGCUUGGCUGUUGACGGCGACGCGGCGCCGCCGAAUCUUGCGAGAAGUCCGGAACGGAGGGCUAGGGGAGGGCAUGAGCGGAGCAGGUCGAAGGGAACUGGGAAGUUGGAACUGAAGGGCGGAUCGGCCGCACCCAGGGACGAAAAUCACAAUCACAAUCAGAACAGCAACCACUCGCCACAGGCCCCGCAGCAGCCAGGACGGAUAGAGAUCCCGCCGCCACCAUCAGCAGCGGAACUCGAGACGCCAGAUCUUACAGUUACAUCGCCCGGCGCGCCUUCCCCGCAGGAGAAGAAGAAGCGCUCGCUGCUGAAGAAGAUCCGGGCGAUCGAGGACCUCAAGAUGCGGCAAGCGGGAGGUGAGAAGCUGGAGGAUACGCAGGUCAAGAAGAUUGGGACGGAGGUAUCGAUUAGGAAGGAACUGUCGGCGCUGGGUAUUGAUGAUGCGUGA